AUGAUCCACCACGAGAGGUUGAGGACGAACGCAGCGCCCGGCAGGCCCCAACCCAGCCGCAGUACAAGAAGCCAGUUGAGGAACACGUGCACCAGCAGCGUCCCCGCCGCUACCGCUGCCCUGAACAUCAGCCGGCUCUGUGCCUGCAGGAACUUGGCGAGGGGGAAGUUGAACGCGUAG